AAGUACGAUGUUUCGAUUACCAUUACGAACUAAAGAGCAAUCCAAGAUCUCUACUAAACUUUGGAGCACAAGCGCCGUGACAAAGUUGUUUGAGAGUUUUCGUCUAUCUGCAAAAGAUAUGUUGCUGUUCUUGAAUAACGUUACAAAGAUUUCGAUAUCAGAAUUGAAGAAUGGAAAACUCGAAACUUAUACAGUGAAGUGUGAAGUAUCUGAUUUAAGUAAACGAUCUCAGUUUCACGAGGCAAUCAAGACUUGCAGUAGACUACCAACUCGUCAAUUGUGUGAAAUGCAAAGUUUUCAUUACGUAAUGAAAAUAUCUGAUUCAUUGAAUGUAAAGAAGGAUUGGUUAAUUGCACAGAGUUUGGGCUAUUUAGAUUUUGAUAAAACGUCAACGAUUCCUGAGGGCCAAGGCAAGGGCUUGCUACCUCGUGCAGGUGUUGCUAUCCACUUAUCGAACUCUGACGCUCCAUUUCGGCAUUCUAUAUUUUGUACGUUACCAUUGCCAGUUUCGUCAAAAUUUCCUGCACAUAUCAAUGGUCACUUUGCUCUUGACUCUGCUCGUAGAAAUGUUUGGCAUGACCCCAGGAGUGGCGAUUUUCGGAUGCUUUGGAACAAUUUCAUGAAACGUCAUGUAAUCCCUCCGUUGUAUGCAUUAGCAAUGACACUCGCGAGGAACCAUAUUGAAGGCUAUCAUCACGAGUCCGAUUGUAUGGGAAAUUUUUCAUCACCGAAAGAUGCAGAGAACGGUUUGAAAUGGUAUCAUAAAUUAUUUCCACCAAUUUCAGAGCUUGAUGCUGAAUGGAAACCAGUUGCUGAAGUGGUUUACAAAUAUUUGUUGCCAAAUCACGCCAUUUUACCAAUUGCUUUGUCAGUUCCAAAUUGGAGAAAGUCACCUCGUGAAUGUUUGUCAGCAGGAUCUUCAGAAGAUGACAUUGCCCCGGUGAAAGUAAAUUGGCAUACACCAGCAAAGGCGUAUUUUUGUACUUCUGAUAUAUCGUUCCCGCUUGCAAAAUUACUUUUGCAAAUCAAAUUUCCUCUUCUUUCACACACUCCUUAUGAAGUGCACAAAAGUUUCAAAGAAGUUGGAAAGUUGCAAGACGUAAGUCCUGAAGCUGUGAUUCAAUUUCUAAGGCAUCAAGUUGAAAUCGUCAAUCAGUUACCCAAGGCUGUGGAACAGACUUUGUUUCGAGAAGAAAAAAAUGUUUAUGAAAUUACACGCUAUUGUGCUCAAGCAAGUCAAAAUGGAGAUGGAUAUUUUGAAAAUCUUCACGGACUUCCUUUGCUUCUCACGAAAGAUGGCUUCCUUCGUUGUUUUGAUCAGAAUAUGCCGGUUUUUUGCAGCAAGUUCAGCGACCUCGUAUCUUUUCAGUCCAAUCUGUUUGUGACCAGUUUACUGCAAAGCUUUUACUCAACUUAUCUAAACAAAUGUCAUGACGUGUUACACGAGUUUCAUUUGUCAGACCUUGCUCAAUAUCUUGAAAGGCUUUAUCCGUCUUCUUGGAUCCAUUCUAUCGUGCAUCAGCCAUGGAAACCAGAUGAAAGCAACAACGAACAUCCUAAAAAAGAAUGGCUGGUGUUGCUUUGGAAAUUUAUUGUUAACGAAAUCAGAGAUAAAAGGGUUUCGAAUAAAGUAAAUUGUCAUAUUCUUGAAUGCAUAAGAAAUUGGCACAUCAUUCCAACGACAAAUUGUUGUCUUGCUCCUCUUUCUCAAGGAAAAACCGUUUUGAAUGUAAACAGUGAGCUCAGUCAUGAUUCAUUCUCAGACAGCGUCAUACGAAGUAUUUUAGUAAAGCUGGGUUGUCCACAGCUCGAUAAAUCCAUAAUUGAUUCAGUGUUUACAACGCGAGAAAAACGAAUCGUUGCUGUUUGCCGACAUUAUCUUGCUCUAGUUCAAUCGACAAAAGAUGUACUUGGACUAUUGUCUACAUAUGUUAAUAAAAGCAAUAAAAUCCCGUUAAGGCAUGAUGAAAUUGAACGAUUGCUUGUAUUUUUUCAAACCGGUUUACAUACUUUGCAUACCUCAACUCUACGUAACCUUCCAUUCUACCAGACCAUCCAUGGAGCAUACACCUGCCUUUCAGGAAAUCAUACAGUGUUUGAAAUACCCGAAGAUUUUCCUAAAGAUGAUCUUGAUGUCUUAUCGCAGGUAGCGCACAUUAUUACUUUACAAUCCGCUCCAAAGUUAGGAGAAUUGUACCGAUAUAUUGGUGUAAAGACGGCUUCAUCUGUAGAAUUUUACCGUGAUAUCGUGUUAAAGCAUUUCCGAUAUUUGACUGAACAAGGAAGAAUUAACCAUUUGAGAUUUAUAAAAGAACGUCUUAUUUACGGCAAUAGUGGGAAAAUGUUAUUGGCGUUCUUAAAAACGUUACCAUUGAUUCCGGACCGCAAAGGUGUUUUACAUCUAGCAAAUUAUUUCUACGAACCAGACAACAUAGUUUUCAAGAAUUUUGUUCCUGAAGACAGAUUUCCCCCCAGUUCGUUUCAUUUACUAGAAUGGAGAAAUUUCCUUGUGGAUAUUGGCUUGCAGAACGUGGUUACUAAAGAACAUUUUGCUAGUUACGCCAACCAGUUGCAAGAAAGAGCUCGCAAUGUGUCAGAUCGAACUUCGCUUGAGGGAGUGGAAAUUCUUGGAAAGUCAAACAUUCUUGUUUCACAUUUAUUUCAAAAUAAAAGUUUGCAUGAGCCACAUUUUCUCUCCAACAUCUCUAACAUCAGUUUUGUUGCUACUGCAGUUACACCAAAGGUAUAUCUUGAUAUGUGUCCAGCACACAUCCAAACCAUUUUGACAUGUUACAAUCGUUCCGUACCUCAACACCAUUCAUUGUUAACUUGGUCAAGUGCAUCGGUUAUUGCAUCGUCGGCAUUACCUCAUGGUCAUAAUAAUGUGGCAAAGAAUCUUGGUGUGUGUUCCAAUCCUCCUUAUGAAUUUGUUGUGUCUCAUCUCAAGAAUGUUUCUGGUCGCUUUUCAAGUUCAACAAAUAAGGAAAUACCGGAGACUUUGUUCAACCCUCUGGAAGAUGUGAUGACAAAUAUCUAUAGCUUUUUCAAGGAUUUAUGUCCUGAACCUUGGAAGCACUCCACUGACGAUUUCAAACGUUGCUGCAAUGCUCUUCGUGAUUUUUCAGUGAUUUUAGUAGACAAGAACACGUUUGUGCGCGGUAACCAGCUUGCUUUCGAGCAUGUUUGGCACGAUCUUAAACCCUAUUUGUUUAAAGUUCCACGUCACCUGCAGUAUUUCGAGCAUUUUUUAAAAGGUCUUGGAGCUGAAGAAAGUCCUUCACCUCACCAGUAUGUAUCAGUUCUUCGAACGAUUAAGAUGAGUUGCGGGGAAAAUAAAAUGCACCCGAAUGAGAAUUCAGCUGCAAUCUCUUCCACUAAAGGCUUGUUUAUUCGUUUGAAGAGGCUUCAAAAUAAAAGUGUUGUCAAUCCUCUUGCUAAUGUAGAAGAUCUUUGCUUGCCAACAGAAGGCAAAUAUCUGUUACGAUCCACCACACUUUUCGUAAAUGACACCAUGGAAAGAAAGGAGCGACUCCUUGAUUUUUCUAGAGAACUGCUUAUUGAUUUGACCAUGAAAGAUCAUGAAAGUCCUGUGAAAUUGGUUCAACUCCUUCCUCGUCAUUUGCAAGUUAAGAAAUUAAGUUACGUUGUAAAAGAAGAAUUAAGUCCUGCAUGUGCAGACAGAACCUGCGUCCUUGAUAGUUGUGACUUUAUGAAUCAUUACCGACAACUUCUAGUUUCACGAGAGUUUAGUGAAGAGCUCAUACGGCUUUAUAAAUACCAGCAAGAGAAAGAUAAGAUACCUCCAAAAGUGGAAAUGGAACUGAGAAAGUUGGAAAGCAGCGUGGAAGUUGUGUGUAUGCAGAAUAUUGCUUUACGUCUUAUGAAGGUACAGACGAAUGAGGUGAUUACUGGAAGCGAUUCAGAUGUGUCCUGUUUCUGUCAACCGAACGAAUGUGGAUUUCGUAUUCUUAUCAAACAUGGUGGUGACGCCAAUUCAAGUGUAUUGCACGAACGAUUAAGCUCAUUUGUAUCUUCCAUCACUGGUAAUUAUUUGGAAGAAAAAAAUUGGCGUUUUCUUAUGAUGCUUCUUGAUGCCCGCAGUGUCAGUGACCUCUCAAGAACAUUGGACGAUGCACGCAUACCGCGUACUAUCUCUGCACUUUCUAGUCUUCCACCGCUUGGAAAUGUAAUUCCUGUGGAACUUCACUAUCUUUUGAAGAAUGAUGUGAGGUUUGUUUUGCGUGAAGGCGAAUUUGUUGGUUAUGAGGUACAAGAUGAGAGCGAGUUGAACGAUUCUGUUUAUAUAUUCGCAAAGAUUAUUGAACAGUCACAGCAAGGUGAUGGAAGGCUACAGUUAAAUAGUAAGUAUAAAAUUGAUAUUGGAAAUGACGAACCAAUUGAAGUCAGCAAAUUGAAGCUUUUCAAGUUUGAUCGUGAACAACUGGAGAGUACAAAUGACCAUGAGCAGGAAAAUGUUGAUCGACCCACUAGAAAUGUUGAAAUGGAGAUUAUGCUUUAUGAAAAUUUGUCAGGAGAAUCUUUUGAUAACACAGCAAAUGAAACUAAAUCAAAUAUUACAUUGGAAGAAGCUAAAAAAGAAGUUGCAGAAGCUCUUGCCGAAAUAUGGAAACUACCAGAAUCGGAGAGGAGAACAGCCAUCAAACGUCUGAUCCGGCAAUGGCAUCCUGACAAGAAUCCUGAUCGCAAAGAUUUGGCUACUCAGGUUACACAAUUCUUACUGAAUGAAGUAGAACGUUUGGAAAAGGGAGGAAUUCCUGGCUAUCAGGGGCCUGAGGCUGAAAACUCUCAUCAUGGCCCACAAUACCCUCCCCCACCUCGUCCAUCGGAUGGAUAUUGGGAUGGGUUCUUUGAACGAGAGAGCGAAAGGUCAAGGAAACGUGAGAGAUGGAGGUCAACUGGUGAUGAUGAAUAUGAACCAUCUAAUCUUGCCGAGGCAAAAGUUUGGAUGCAACAGUCUGAAAUUGAUUUAAAUGCAGCUAGAGUUCUAUCUACCAACGAAGAAGAGACAUUUUUUGCUCUGUCCUGUUUCCAUUCUCAACAAGCUGUGGAGAAAGCAUUAAAAGCUCUUAUGUUCUUCAAAGGUCGCCUAAAACGAAGUGAUUUAGAAGUUCACGAUGUUAUGGGAAUGGCUUAUCGUGCUGCACAGAUCAACGCACAAUUUAAUGAGAUGCCCUUUUUGGUUAUGGUUUUUCAGAAUCGAAGGUUUUACAUCAACACACGCUAUCCUCAGUACAGAAGAUGGGUUAUUUCAACUCUUCCUACAGCCAUGUUCACUGAAUCAGAUGCCAACGAAGCAUUAUCAAAUGCUGAAGAAGUCUUAUCUCUUGUUAAGCACGUCAUAAGAAAUGAAUGAUUUUUAUUAAUUUUGUAUUCACUAUAACGAAUUUUCUGAUGAGUUUGAUUUCGAACAAUUUGAACACAUAGUUUUGAACAUUAUUUGCCUACUUAGGCAUGUAUUAUUAAUUGUCACUUUUGCUGUUUUUGUUUUUUACCUUUUAAAUUUAAGUGUUCCUAGAACUGAUAAUUUUUAUGACGCGAAUAGAUAUUCUACAGGAUCUGUAGCCUGAAGUGACAAACAAAUUUGUACGAAAAUGACUCUCUCUACGAUGCCUAUAAAAUUAAAGUCAUUUGAAAGUUAAUAGUUUCCUCAGGCACA